CCAAGAGCGCAGCUCGUUUGCAAUGUCGAUAUUGGGGUUGAUGGGCACGACAGUUUCGAGUAUUGAGUUCUCCACAAAAUCAGUACUUGCCCGGGGCUGUACCUCCGCAGAACUCGCAGCCAUCAUCGUAUCGUUACAAGAUGUCGUUUUCUAGGAGAGUAAGUGAGGUGCAGCUCACGUGUGGAACCGUGCUAAGCACAGACGAUCUUCGUAAUCCUUGUCCCUUGUCCGCUCCAUCAUAACGCUACGCCAAGAGAUUCUGGCAAGCUGCGUACGGCAAUCGCAAUCGCCGUGUUUCCUCAUCGACAUUUCGUUUGCACCAAAGUUCUAACAACCUGAAAGCUCGCCCAAUAUCCUGCAGCAUCACUGCUGCUUGCGAAACAUAUUCUCUCAUAGCGCUCGACAGCUCCAGCUUCCCUACAAAUAGCGGGGCACAUCCCACUUCCACUCACGCGUCACACCUCUCCCAGUCCUCUGCGUAACAACCACGAACAUGGGCGCCAAAGUCCCACGAAACUUCCGUCUGCUGGAAGAGCUAGAGAAGGGCGAGAAGGGUCUCGGUGCUGAGGCGUGCUCAUACGGCCUUGACAAUGGAGAUGACUUGCUGAUGUCGGACUGGAAUGGCACAAUCCUUGGCCCACCACACAGCAGCCACGAGAAUCGUAUCUACAGCCUGAAGAUCCACUGCGGCCCAAGCUACCCCGACGUGCCUCCCGAGAUCGCGUUCACAUCGAGGAUCAACCUACCUUGCGUCAACCCGCAGAAUGGAAGAGUCGACAACUCCAAGCUACCCUGCCUUGCGCAGUGGAGGAGGGACUUCACCAUGGAGACGAUACUGAUUGAACUCCGCCGGUACAUGGCCCACCCUCAGAACAAGAAGCUCCCACAGCCGCCGGAGGGAUCCAACUUUUAGGAAUAGUGAUGAUGGAAGAACAUGUGGUAACUCCAUCAACGCGAGUUGGUGACAGAUCUUGGGGAGCAGAUGGACG